AUGGUGUACCCCCUGGAUCAGGCUAUUGGCCUCUUUGUGGCCAUCUUCCACAAGUACUUGGGCAGGGAAGGCGACAAGAACACCCUGAGCAAGAAGGAGUUGAAGUUGCUGAUCCAGAAAGAGUUCACCAUUGGCCCAAAGGUGCAGGAUACUGAAAUUGCAAAGCUCAUGGAUGACCUGGACUGGAACAAGGACCAGGUGGUAAACUUCCAGGAUUAUGUCACCCUGAUUUUCAUCUACAAUGAUGCCCUUAAGGGCUGA